AUGACCACGAGACCCAGUGUGGCCCGACAGCCACCUCAACAUUCUCUAAGCUCGACAGGCCCUACUCAGAGACCUCCGCCGCUCCGGGCGCCCUCGCAGCAAUUCUCUUCGUCUUCGCCGACCAGACGAGGCAAUGAGUCGUUCGUGGACUUGACCUUCGAGGGGGGGGAUGCCGCGCGCCCCAGGCUUGGGACCUCGCGACUGCGGGUCGAAAUCUCGACAGACCCGAGGCAAUCUGAUAUCAAAUCCCCAAAACCUUUCUUGGCUGCUACUCCAACUUGGAUGCCGACCCUUCCUCCGCGAGGCCGUCCACAGCUUCCCUUCGAUGUACCGAGUGCUGGCCAGCGAGGCGCGCAAGAAGGCGGUCAGCAAGCAAUCACUAUAAAACCAAUGCCUCUCCCAGUGCGGCCUGGACAGCAUGCUCCGCCGACAUCCGAGAAGCAAAGGCCGGUGCCAACAAGCACCACAGCUAAGAAGGAUGCUCGCCCCAAACCAUACAACCUGGAAGUUCCAGCAAUCGCGCCUCAUUACUCUCCUAACGGUCAUGCGGAUUUCUACCCGUGGACAGGAAACCAUCCGGAAGACCAGUUCUCCGAGACUGCCAUCCGACAAGGCUAUUUUGACAAGUCUCACACUUCCCAGAAUGAGACCGGCUCGGCAAGAUCUACUAUAUUUCCAGCUCUAAAGCAUAAGAGCGGGCUGCAGACAUUGUCGGCCGUAUUCACCAAUGUGCUUGCGCAAAGGCGGGCGCAUGGACAGAUAACUUCUGGCUCAACAUUUAAACCUCCACCCCGAGUGACAGUAACCGACACAAAAAGGGAAAUGUGGUUAAGGGACUUGGCGAACCCUACGAUUUCUUUGCGCCGUCUCAGUCGCUCCAUACCCCAUGGGAUAAGAGGGAAAGUGCUUUUGGACCAAUCAUUAAGCAAGAACAUUCCUAUCGAAAGAGCAGUGUGGCUAGCCAAGUGCGUCGGUGCAAAUGAGUUGAGAUCCUUCCGAAGAAAGGGUGCUAGUGGAACAUUUGCCAUGGGCGGCGAAGCCAAAUGGAUCCGAGACUUCACAGUUUGUGUCGAGCAAUUUCUGGAGACUAUUAUCGGGACGUGUGGUGAGAAGGACUUCAAAGCCCGGAUAGGUUAUGCUAUACGACUAGCGACAAAUUUCCAUGCUGAAUAUCUACUUGACCGAGAGCAUUACAUGGAUUGGCUUGUUUCAUCUUUGGAGAACAGCCCCCAGACAAAACUUCCCAUGUGGCUCUUGGUUACUCAGAUCUACUGGAAGGACCUCUUGAAAUUCCGCAAAUACGGUCGACGGUUGGUGGCUGCUUUGAUGAACCAGCUGGCUGAGACUCUAAAUCAUCCUGACCACGAUCUCAUGGCUCCACUCGUGGAUAGGUUGAAGUUUCUCCUAAACGGUCUGAUGACUUCCAACAUUCAUAACUUUGUCUCGCCUAAGGUAUGGAAUACACACAGGGAUAUUCUCAUGGCCAACUUAGGCUCGGAAGACUUACUGCUCAAGUCUGUCUUGGGCGCUAUUGAUCGUAGAAAUAGUCGUUUCGUCGCAGCAGGUGCUUCGAAGGAACCUAAUUCUCGGCAACGUCUAAUAGCCCUACUCGAUGGUACUCUGUUCAAGCCCUCUUCGACCGAUCUACCUCGAUUGUGUUGGGACAUCGACAAUGAUAAAGAAUUGUUGGUUUCAACAGUGUUGAAGUGGGCAGCAUCCUCUCAUAGACCUGGACAUGCUAAAGUUUACGUCGCUGCACGCAUCCUCAGAUCUUGGAGCAAGAUUGGCCCUGAUGUCACAGGGUCUAUUCUCAAAUUUCUCGAUUCGUCAAUAUGCGACUCCAUACGCUGCAAAUCCGCGUUCUAUCAUUUGGUUUCCGAAUUGGCCCGUUCAGAACACUUUUCGACGCCAAGAUAUCUUCAGUGGUUGAUAGCUCGGGGAGGCAUCUAUAGCACAGCCGAUCUGGAUCCUAACGGGCCAGCGUCAACCAGACUUUUAGCGGAGCUUCCAAUGGCAAAUGUCAGUGAUAGUAUUAUCGAGCUUCGGGCAGCCCUGCUUAGCCGUGGGGACCUCUCGGCUGAUGAAGAGGAUGACCAAGUUCAUGACUGCAUGGUCUUCAUGAAUAGAACCUUACCGGGAAUGCAGACUGGUGACGAUCUCGAUCUGGAGCCAAAUGAAUACUCUGCAACAUCUGGACUUUCAAAGCUUCCUUCAGACCUGAGCCGAACAAUUCGAUCCGAGUUAGGGUUUUGGCUCAGACAGAAGGUCAAACUUCAGAUGAUCCAGCCAACUAUCCCACCACUGGAUGACUGGGACGUUUCCCUGUUGAAAGGUGGAACUUCUGCAAUGACAGGAUCGGAAUUCAAUACAGUCCGGCGGUACCUUGAAUACCUUGAGGACUACUCAGUGCUUGCUGAUGUUCUCAAGAUUGCUACGACGUCCAACGAUGCGGAGGUUCUGGCUUCGUGCGCUGACACCCUGGACCUACAUCUCAAGACGUUCGCUGCCAUAGGCGCUUUGAACAGCUUAUUCGAUAUUCUUAUGAGUCGUCUACGAGCUUUAACAGAAGAGAACGUCUCAGUUCUGAGAACAUUUCUGGUCUCUCUUUCGGAUCUUGCUUCAAGGCUCCCCAACCAGCACACAGUUGCACAACAACUUGCUCGGGAACUAGCUCGCAGCGAUAGGAAGACUGCUGCAGACGCAUGUUCGCCAGUGUCGGACCACAUGGCGAUCGUGGAGACGGCAGAAGUAGACUUCACCGAUGAAAUCGAGAAGGUCCUAGCAAGUGGCAAUAGUAUGGACCAAGCUACUUUGGAGCGACUCUUUGGACGAAUCAUUUUACGACUCCAAGAAUCAUGGGAAAAAUCGCCAGAGCAGCAGCGGAGCUGUGCCCUAUUGCUCACUCGCCUGCGCACAUUUGAUGCCAAGCAGUUUGAUCUGUUGAUGGCGGCAUGGGUCAGCAAAGCUCUACCGAUGCAGAGUCGGCCCAACAUGAUGCAAGUGUUUGGCCCGCUAAUCAGCUUUGGCUGUCUGGCUUUUCGAGAUGUGCUUCUGGGUUGUGGUGCCAGCGAAAAGGAGGCAAGCGUGGGUAGCUCGUACGCCACUGGCACGUCUUCAGAGCUCCUCUGCCUUCUGGUGGCUCCUUGCAACCUCCCAGAAAUCAUGACCCACGAAGAAACAUAUCGCCUUCGAGUUAAGCAGAGCCAUAUGCAGAAGGAUUUCCCUUCGGAUGUUACAUCAGUCAUCCGUCAAGCCUUCGCAGAAUCUUAUUCUGGCAUUCAACCUGCAGGCUCACACGCCCUUGAGGUAAAAACAUUACUCGGAGGUGUGGAUAUGCACGAGCUCUAUCAAUUUCUCGUACUGCACGACCCUGUCGCGUUCACCCAGAAGUUGGCCGUGCCAUUACUUCAAACCUCAACUGCAGAGACUGCGGCAGCCAUCAAUACAGUUAUCGAUAAGCUAAUGCUGGCCGGCAGUCCCGCCGAGCCGAUAACAACAGAGUUACUUCUGAAUAUAACAGAUGAUCUUUCUUUGCCAUUCUGUCAGAUCAAGCUUGCAUCAAUGCUGCAGGCACACGAUACCACUAUGGAAGGAGGCGAAGCUGGCCAGCCAGAUCAUCUCGUUGCUUUUGAUAGUGCCAUCGAGUCAGCUGUAAAUUCUGGGAAGACUUCUUGGGCGAGCAUCAUUCCCUUGCUUGACACUUCGAUAGCACAGCAUCUGCGAAGGCGAGCCGAUGUUCAGUUCCUCAGCCUCUUCCCUUCGCCCAAGACACCCAACAACGAGGGGUUCCUGAUGGAAAAUCGUAUCAGACGUGCCGAGAAUCUCUUGCGCAUCAUCGAUGCCACAGCACAUGGCAUAUCGACAUCUUCUCCAGAUCCAAGUAACACCAGCCUUGCUUCCGACAUGGUCACAACACUCAACGGCAUCCGGCUUCUCUUUGCAAACACCCAGUCUCAGGAAGUGAAGGACAUAGUCAUAUCGAAAUGGCUGCCACUGCUCCUUUCCUUCAUGACGAUACACGUUUCAGCAUUCGAAGCCACCAAACAAGGAAACGAAAGCCGCGCAAAGGCCACUCUUGCUCUCGCCGCAGUCUUUCUCCAGCUCCAAGCUAUUGAUCUCAGUACGCAAGCUAUCGUUACUUUGGUAGAGCAGACAUUCGACCUAGCGCUUAACCUCGUAGACUCCCUCCCAGAAGACCUGCGUCUGCAAUGUGUUCGCAGUAUCCGGACCACUACCUCUAAUCCACAAAUCCCAUAUCUGUUCAGUAUUGCCGCCAAUCCAACAGAGUGGCUCGUUCUCAGUCAGAAGGAAAAGGCUCCUGUUAUACCAGGCCAGAGUAAUCCAGAUGGCAACGGAAGGCAGGCAGAGAAGGAGAAACUGGCCCCGUUUCAUUUGAGACGGUGGGAGUUGCUGGGGGAGCCGACGCCGAAUGUGGGGGAGAAUGAUACUAGUCUGAGCUUGACACUUUUUGGUGCACGGCGGGGAUGA